GCUGGAAAAGGCUGCCCAAGUGGACCAACUCAAGAGAGAAGAAGAGAUGUUGCAGAGUCAGUUGGACAGGCUUAGGCAAGAGAAUGAUGUGAAUAAGCAAAAGCUGGAGGACUUUGAAAGGUUGUCCAGCUUCCAGUCCAGGAGCAUUUCCAGUGACACAACCAGACUGGAACAAGAGAUCCGUUCUCUGAAACAAGACAUAGCAGACAUGGAGAAGUCCCACAAGUCAGAAGUGAGCCAAAUGCGCAUGAGGCAUGACUCCAGGAUUUUGCAGCUCAACCAUGAGAUUGCAACAUUGAGGCAACAGUUCUCAAAGGCAGGAAGAGAAAGAGAUACCUUCAGGGAUAUGCUGGAUGGAGCACAGAAGACCAUUUCAGACCUUAGGCAUGAAGGAAAGGCUGCCAAGGAACAAACCUUUGAGCAUAAGAUGGAAGAGACAUAUCAAGAUCAAAUCCAAGAACUCCAGGAACGCCUCACUACCCUGGAGGAUGAGUUGUCUGAUUCAAGGAUGGAAAAUGUGAAGGUUUCAUCAGACAUGGCUGCUGACAGGGCUCAUUGGCAGCUGAAGAUUGUUCAGCUGCAAACCAGG